AUGAAUACAACAGUAGAAAACAUUGAUUAUAAAUAUUAUAUUAUAAAACGAUCGGUUCCAGAUAGUUUUGGUACACAAUUAACACAUGUUUGUCGAUUAUUUCGUUUUUAUUCAAGUGUUAUUCUUGUCAUUGUUGGUAUGAUUGGUUCUUUACUUUCAAUAAAAGUAUUUUCAUCAACAAAAAUUCGACGAAAUUCAUCUAAUGAAUAUCUUAUUACAAUGAGUUUUGUUGUGGCUUUAUUAUUAUUUAAUUUCUUUUGUGAUGAAGUACUUCGAUCACUUGUAUAUGAUUUUCAUGUUGAUUUACCAUUAAAUCUUGUCGAUUUAUCUAAACCACUUUGCAAAUGCUCAACUUAUUUUCGUCAUACACUACGUUUUGCCGCUAAUUGGAUUGUUGUUGCAUUUACAUUAGAACGUCUUAUUGUUGUAUAUUUUCCUUUACAAACAUCAGUCUUAUGCAAUCCACGUAGUGCUAGACGAAUAUGUUUAUUUAUAUUAAUUAUUUCAUUUUUAUUACCAAUUUAUUCAUUUCUUAUGUCCGAUAUAAGUAAUGUUGGAAAAACUCAUGUAUUUGAAUGUGAUAUAAUGGAUAAAUAUAAAACAAUUUAUGUUUAUUUAACAAUUAUUUAUGGAAAUUUAACUUUAACAUUUCCUAUAUUAAUUGUUUGUAUUGUUAAUAUAUUAACUGUUCGACAAUUAUUACAUGCUGGACGUUUACGAAAAAAACAACAACAAUUAAGUCAAACAAAAAAAGUUGAUAGCGCAAAUAAUGAAUAUGUAAAUAUGAUUCUUAAAAAUCAAUUAGAAAAUGAUAAAGUUACAUGGAUGCUUGUUGUUAUAUCAAUAACAUUUGGUAUAUUAAAUUUUCCAUAUUUCAUUUUUUGGUUAGUUGUUUGUAUAAUGCGUGUACGUGGUCAAACUCCAUCAGCAUAUAUCAUAUCAGGAAAAAUGAUUGCAGAAGUUUUGUAUUUACUUAAUUAUAGUUUAAAUUUUUUUCUUUAUGUUAUAUCAAGACGAACUUUUCGUAAAGUUUUAAUCGAAAAAAUGCGAUGGCGUUGUGAUUGCUUUGAACAAUGGCGUUUAAAUGAAAUGCGUCUCGAUGCUGCAUUACGUUCUCAACAAACAUCAAGAGAAAUAAAUCCACAAAAUGGAAAUGGAAAUGGAAGUACAAAUAUACCACAUAGUGAUGUGCAUUUACUUGAUAACUUAUCUCGCGAUGAAUAUUCAUCUCCUACAGAAUCGGCUUUUUUUACUUCAUCAAUCGUUUCAUCCAAACAACAACAUAAUAAAAAAAUGUCGACAAAAAGUCAAACGAAUUAUUCAAAUAAUACAGUGAACAAAUCAUUCAAGAAAAAAUUAUUUAAAGAAAAUUUGAUUGAUACAAAAAUUAAUCAAAAGACUUUAUCAUUUUAUUUAUUACCACAAAAAUUAACAAAUAAUUUGAAUGCAAUUCAAUCAACACCUACUACGAAAUCCAUUGAUUUCGAGUCAAAUAAUAAAUUAUUACUUGAUACUAAUGCACAACCAUCAAAUUUAACUUUAAUCGAACAAAAAAAUAUUCCAUUCUAUAUCGAUAAUUCAGUGAAUAUCGAACCAAAUCAUAAUGAUUCUAAAUCAAUUAUAAAAAGUUCUUAUCGAAUUCCUAGUCCGACAAUUCUUCUACCCGAAGAAUUUUCCACAUCAUCAAAAACUAUUACAAAUAGUAAUAUGAUUAUUAAUAAAAUUCAACGAUCGACACUAAUUGAUAGUAAUCGAAAUUUAUUAUUAUUUAGUCAACCAAAUAUAUUUCAUUUAAAUAUUCAUUCAAUUGAUAACACAGAAGAAUUUAUAUCAAAUUCUAAUAAAAUUUCAACAUCAAGUAUAAAUAGUUUGAGUUCUAUUCAAGCAUUAUCAUCACCACAACUUUCAUUAUCUCCUCAACAAUUACCAACAUUUCAUUUUGAACGAUCGAAUAUGCAUAAGAAAGGUCAAGAUAGUAUUUUAUCAGUUCAACAAAUUUUUCCUAUGAAAAAAUCAUCUGUAAAACUACCUGGACUUAUUGAUAAAACAAUACAUUCAAAUACAUAUAGUCCUAGUCCAACAAUAUCAUUAUCACAAAUGUCAAAUGAUAUUGUGAAUGAUUUUCAUAGUAAUCCAAUGUCAAAUAUUUCUCCAGAUUUUGAAUCAUCACCAUUUCAUUUAUUUCGUAAGAAAAUAGAUAAUGAAAAUAUUCAAUUUGAAUUUGCUCGUGAAAAUUCAUCAUUUGAAACUUCAUCUCAAACAAGAAUACAUCAUGAAAUAAAACAUAAACCAGAAUCAUUAUGGAAAACAAAAUUAACAUUAAAAACUUUACUUUCAAUGGCUAAUAGAGAUCAAGCUCAAGCAUUAAAAGAUAAAAAACCUAUUGAUUAUCAUAUGUUUCUUAGUAAUAAAUUAAAUAAAAAUUCUUUUUUUCAAUAUAAUGAUCAUAUUGAUACAAAAUUUACUGCUAAUAAUAAACAUACAAUUAUACAACAAUUUAAUGAACAAGAUUAUCAAGAAACUCGAAAAUUAUAUAAACGUUUAUUGAAUACAAUGAUAUUACGCAAACCAAUAAAUAUUAAACAACCUAAAUCUAUAACGUCAAUCAAACAGAUAAAAACAAAAUAUAAGAAUAAAAUACAAUCAUCAAAUAUAGGUCAAGAAAAUGUUCUUUUAUCCUCUAAUGAUUCUAUUCAAUAUUUAACAAAUAAUGAAUAUGAAAAACCUAUACUUAUUACUUAUCAAGCAGUACCAGUGUCAAAAUUCAAUAAAUGA